UCUAUUAACAAAUACUAAAAAUUUGGAUAUGGAUGAGAGACAAGAUUAUAGUAAGAAGAAGAAGAAGUUUAAAAGGAGGUUGUGCAUCAACGACAACAUGGACAUCUUAAUUGAGAUCUUAAAACGACUGGACGAGAAAUCAAUGGGCGUGGCCGCGUGCGUGUGCCGCCUCUGGUGCGCCCUAACCCGAAACGACGCCCUGUGGGAGCACCUAUGCUUCCGCCAGCUGUCUCCGCCUCCGGAGGGUGUCAGGACGGUCGUCGCCGCGCUCGGGGGAUACCGCCGCCUCUACACACUCUGCGUCAAGCCUGUGCUCAAAUCGGCCGGGGACAUGUGGACCACCCAUGAGCUCGACCUCUCUCUCUCGCUUUUCUGCGUUCAUUAUUAUGAGAGGCUCUUUCUCGCCACCCCGCCCUCCUCCCUCAUCUUUCUAUGCAAACCUGGAUGACAUCCAUUUUUUUUAUCAAAUUCAAUAAUCCUACUAUCAAAUUUUCACUUUCUAUUUAUUUCCAAUCUAUCUCAUGUAAUUAUGUACUUCAUCACCAACUAAAUGCCAAAUCUAUGCUUCCACCAUA